GGGAAUGCUCUUGAACCUUAUUCUUGAACCACAGCCUGGAUGUCGAAGCCGUCGUGCAGCUUCUCCCCCACAGCCUUCUCGAUGUGCUCGGCGUCCGAGAAGUCGCUGACACCAGGCACGGUCCUUCACGCGUUUCUUUUCGCAAGGAUCCGCAGCAGCUCGUUCGUGACGCCGCGGCCGCCGCCGUGGGUGACCAGCUUGUCGGUCUCCGCCUCGGAGACCAGCAUGGCAGUGGGCGUCCAGAAGUUCUCCUCGAGUUCGUGGUACAGCACGCCUGACGCGAUGGGCAGCUGCGACUCGCGGGGGGCUUGCUGCAAGGAGGCGCUUCGCGACGUCGUUGGGGCCGCACUCCGCAAGGCGGCACAGGAACGCCAUCACUCCGCGCGGAUAUCGGUGACUGCCUCUUGCUUGAGGUGCGUGCUCGAUCGGGACACGGGCCAGCGGCUCAAGAAGAUCAACCUGGCGAAGUCCGAGGACGACCCCUCUGGGGACAAGCGGCCCGAGCCUGACAGCACGAAUGACCAGUCCAGGCUGUCCCUCCAACAGGAGGGCGGCCAGGUUGUGAGACGUGUGCUCGAGGUGCAGAGGUGCGCGGUGGCACUCGCGGAGGCCAAGGCACGCGCAGGGGCCAGGCGGGAGCACGCCUUCCAGGCGAACGUGUGCGCAGCGCUUGGGGAGGGGAGCGGCAGGUGGCACUCUGGGGCGCGGUCCCGCUUCAGCGACUGGGCGGGCGACUGGGCGUCGCAGGCGCUGGCACGCGCGGGGCUCCAGGCGGAGGAGGCCGCUCCCCGCGCGCUGCUCCCUGUCACGGACGCGCCGGACAGCGAGGGCGAUGCUUGUGCACGCGGGGCCUGCUCUCCCCUCGACGCCGAGUCUCCGUUCCUGCGCAGCUGCGACGGGGGCGCGGGUCGUGGCCAGCCCACCACGGCUGCCCUCGACUGCGACGAGCAGCGCAGCGAGCGCCGAGUCUGGGCGCAGCACGUACAGUACCAGGCACCUGACUGUGCCCGGCACGACGGAGUCGCCCAGCACGACGGAGUCGAGCAGUGUGUCGGGUACCAGCAUGACAUCGGUGAGCAGCACGUGCGGUUGUCCAACUGUAGCAGCUUGGCCCGGAUGUCCACGAGCGGGUCGAGCAUUGCCUCGAGUGCCACGUUGACGACCACCACGACAGGCAGCACGUCGGCGAGCAUCAACUCGACCCUGACGUGCACCAGUGGGACGGGCACUGUUUCGAGUACCACGCCGCUGAGCUGUGCGACGGGCACUAACAUCUCGACAUUGGGCAUCGCUUCGAAGAGCACCAGCUCGACCCCCGAGCCCGCGAGUGGGAAGAGCACUGUCUCGAACUGGGCCCACGGCAGGUUAUCUUGCCACCCCUGCUUCGUACGCGGCGCCUCCGGGUUGGCGCGGGCCCGCGAGGCGGAGGGCGGCCUGCAGGAGCACAUCGGCAGGCUCGACGGCGCGGUCGAGCACGCCCUCUCCGCCGUGCUCGCGGAACGGUCCCGCGCCGAGGCCGCGGAGGAGGCUGUCACGGCGCGCCUGGGCGAGCAGGCGACGGCGGAGAAGCAGCGCGCCACGGCGGCGGAGCUGGCGGCGCAGGCGGAGGAGGCGCGCGCCAAGGCCGCGGAGGACACGAUGGCCUUGGCGGCGCGACUGGAGGAGAGGGUGCACGCGGAGAACGUCCGCGCGGUGGCCGCCGAGGGAGCUCUCGCGGCGCAGUUGCAGGAAGUGGCGGAGGCGAGCACCGAGCGCGCCAAGGCCGUGGAGGACACCAUCAUGGAGCAGCUGGAAAAGAGGACCCAGGCACAGGAGGAACGCGUCAAGACCCAGGAAGAGGCCGAGGAGGUGCGCGUCAAGACCAUGAAGGAGCGGUUGGUGGCACUGUUCGGCGAGAGGUCGCAGGCAGAUGAGGCGCGCGCCACAUCCGCACGAGAGGCUCUAGGAGCGCAGCUGGAGGAGAAGAUCCAGGCGGAGGAGGCGCGCGCCAAGGCUGCUUUGGAGGCGUUGGCGGCACAGCUUGAGGAGAAGAUCCAGUCCGAGGAGGCACGCGCCGACGCCGCGGAGGCCCUGGCGGCGCAGCUGGAGGAGAAGAUCCAGGCGGAGGAGGCGCGUGCCAAAGCCGCAGAGGAGGCCCUGGCGGCGCAGCUGGAGGAGAAGAGCCAGGCGGAGGAGGCGCGCGCCGGCGCGGAGCGGGUCGCCCUGGAGGCGCUGCUGGAGGCGAGGGCGCAGGCAGAGGAGGCGCGCGCCAGAGCCGCGGAGGAGGCCCUGGAAGCGCAGCUGCAGAGGGAGGGGGCUCGAGCCAGACUCGCCGAGGAGGGCCUGGAGGGGAGGCUGGGCGUGGCGGCGGCCGCGGAGGAGGCCCGCGCGAAGGCCGCGGAGGAGGCCCUCGAGGCGAGGGUGGGCGAGCGCGCCCAGGCGGAGGAGGAGCGCGCGAGGGCCGCGGAGCGGGCGCUUGCGCUGCAGCUCGACGAGAAGGCCCAGGCGGAGCGGAGCGCGGGCGAGGAGGCGCUGGCGCAGGCCGCGGCCAGGCACCACGAGGGGGUCCAGCAGCUCCAAGACCAGCAGGAGAAGCACUGGGCGGCCUUUCAGGCGCACGCCGCCGACGCCGCGCGGCAGACGGAGGCCCAGCGGGGCGACCUGGGGGCCCUGGCCCAGCGGGUCGCGGCCGCCGAGAUCUCCGCGAGGGACCUGGCGGGGGAGCUGGCGGCCGCGCGGGGCGACCACGAGCGGUACGCCGAGGCGGCGCGGGCGCGCGAGGCCGAGGAGCAGCAGCGGCAGGCCGUCAUCGUGGAGGAGCCGCCGGCUCCGCUGGGCCGGGUGCCGAAGACGACGACGACGACGGCGACGACGACGACGACGACGACGGCGACGGCGAUGACGACGACGACGACGGCUGGAGCAGGAGAGCACAGCUUGCUGCGGGAGGCGCUGGCGAGUCAGGAGGCGAAGGUUGCGCAGCUGCAGGGCAAGGUAAGCGAGCUGGCCAGCUUGAAUCAGGUGUCCCAGCUGGACGAGAAGGUGCAGGCAGAGGUGGCGAGAGCAGAAGCCGCGGAAGGGGAGAUCGCAGCGAAGGUGCAGGCGGAGAUCGCAAGCGUGGCGCGCAGCUUGGAGGCGGGGGCAGCGCUGACAUCGGAGCUGCAGGAGAAGACUCAGGCCGAAAAGGCGCGCGCCACCGCUGCGGAGGAAGCACUGGCUGCACAGCUGAAUGAGAAGACGCGGGCCGAGGAGGCGCGCGCCACGGCCGCGGAGGAGGCCCUGGCUGCAAAGCUGGAGGACAAGGCGCAGGCAGAGGAGGCGCGCGCCCUGCUCUUCCUGACGACGACGCUGGAGGAGAAGCUGCAGGCGCAGGAGUCGCGCGCCUCAGCCGCGGAGGACGCUCUGGAGGCGCAGUCGGCGAGGAUUCGGGCGGAGGAGUCGCGGGCCCAGGCCGCAGAGAAGGUGCUGGCUGCGCAGCUGGAGGAGGGGGCGCAGGCGGAGGAGGCGCGCGCCAGAGCUCUGGCUGCGCGGCUGGACGACAAGAUCCAGGCGGAGGAAGAGCGCGCCACGGCCGCCGAGGGGGCCCUGGCAGCGCAGCUGGAGGGCAAGACUCGGGCGGACGAGACCCUCGCGGCAGCAUCGGAGAAGAAUUUGGUGGCGCGGCUGGAGCGCUCGCUGGCAGCUCAGCUGACGGAGAAGGUACAAGAGGAGAAAGCACGCGCAACGGCCGCAGAAGAAGCUUUAGGUGCGCGGCUGGACGAGAAGAUCCAGGCGGAGGAGGAACGCGCCACGGCCGCGGAGGUCAAUUUGGCCGUGCAGCUGGAGGUCAAGGCUGGGGCGGACGAGGCGCGUGCGACAGCCGCAGAGAAGGAUCUGGCAGCGCGGCUGGAGGACUCUCUGGCAGCCCAGGUGGACGAGAAGGUGCAGGCGGAGGUGGCGCGAGCCGCGGAGGGGGCGUUGGUGACGAAGGUGAUCGCAGAGGCGGCGCGGGCCCUGAAGCGGGAGGACGACUUGGCCGCGGAGUUGGAGGAGAGAAGACGCGGGCCGAGAGGGCCCGCGCCACGGCCGCGGAGGACGCCCUGGCCGCCCGGCUGCGGGAGGGGCAGGCGGGCGCCGCGGAGGAGCAGGCCCGGCUCGACGUCCUCGUCGAGGAGAUUUGCAGCGCCUCGGGAAGAGGAUGGACAUCAUGAAGGACGAGGAGAGCUGGCUGAGUCCGAGGAGGUGAAGCGGCAAUUGGCGAACCUCGAGGACCCAAGAACCAGAUGCAGCAGCUGGAACAGAUCGAGCGCCUCGUCCAGGGCGUCUAGAGGAAUUGCGCCACCUGCUGCUGCCGGUGAUUCGAUCCACACGCAGGAGCUCGCAUCACGCCGUGACGAGCAGCGCGGACCGUGCGCUUCUGAUUGCCAGCGGGCGGUCUUGACGGGCCAGCGCUCGGGCACCGGGCACCGCCCCGUGAUCCGAGGCGGGGCGGGUCAGUCUCACAGAGGACUCGCAGCGAGUGUCCAGUGUCUCACAGAGGA